GUGUGAGCAAUAAAUACAACAGCACGUGUAUUGGGCGGUCACGGCCACGGUGUUCACGUGGCUGAGGAUCAACACGAAGCAGCGCUGUUGAAAUGUUGGCACAUUACACAUCUAGACGCAGACUUCGACAAACCUCGCAGCCAUGGACCUCGAAGUGGAAUCAGCAGACGUGAUUCGUCUGAUCAUGCAGUAUCUGAAGGAAAAUAAUUUGCACCGCACUCUGGCGAUGCUUCAAGAGGAGACAGCAGUCUCUCUUCACACGGUCGACAGCAUCGACAGCUUCAUCUCCGACAUCACCAACGGCCAGUGGGAUAUAGUGCUGCUAGCAAUCCAGUAUCUGAAGCUUCCUGACAAGCUGCUCAUCGAGCUGUACGAACAGAUUGUGCUGGAGUUGAUUGAGUUGGGUGAGCUGGGAGCUGCUCAAUGUUUACUAAAGCAGACCGACCCCAUGAUCAUGCUGAAGCACACUCAACCUGAGCGCUACUCGCACCUGGAGACCCUCCUCAGCAAGCCGUACUUUGACUCGCAAGAGGCAUAUCCAGUGGGCAGCAGUAAAGAGAAGCGCAGAUUGGCUAUUGCUCAAGCUUUUGCAGGAGAGGUCUGCUUGGUGCCACCUUCUCGUCUCAUGGCUCUUCUGGGCCAGGGCCGUAUAUGUGAGGGUGCUUUAUACAGGUUACAGGAAACCAAAGCACUACGGCAGUUUGGCUCAUUAGCAAUGCUGUCGCUGAAGUGGCAGCAGCACCAGGGUCUCUUACCUCCAGGUAUGUCUCUGGAACUGUUCCGGGGGAAAGGUGCAUUGAAGGACAUGGAGGAAGAGCGCUUCCCUACUCAGCUCAGUCGCCUCAUAAAGUUUGGGCCAAAGUCCCAUGUAGAAUGUGCGCGAUUCUCUCCUGAUGGACAGUACUUGAUUACUGGAUCUGUUGAUGGUUUCAUUGAAGUCUGGAACUUCACCACUGGUAAAAUUCGGAAGGAUCUGAAGUACCAAGCUCAGGAUAGUUUCAUGAUGAUGGAUGAUGCUGUUCUGUGUCUGGCAGUAAGUCACGACUCCGACAUGAUCGCAUCUGGAGCUCAGGAUGGAAAGAUACAGGUUUGGAGGAUUCUGAACGGGACGUGUCUGAAUAGAAUAGAACGAGCCCACGACAAAGCAGUCACCUGCGUCUGCUUCAACAAGGACAGCAGUCAGUUAUUAAGCGGCUCCUUUGACCAGACCAUCAGGCUUCAUGGUUUGAAAUCAGGAAAGAUGCUGAAGGAGUUUAGAGGCCAUACGGCUCAUAUAAAUGAUGUCAUCUUCUCACACGAUGUCCAGCAUGUCAUUAGCGCCUCAGCAGAUGGCACAGUAAAGGUCUGGAGCAUGAAGGCAGUGGAUUGCACUCACACAAUAAAAACCCCCGACAUUCCUGAUGGUACAGACAUCACUGUUAACAACGUUGUGCUUGUCCCAAAGACUCCUGAGCACUUCGUGGUGUGCAAUAGGACCAACACGGUGGUUGUUACGAACAUUCAUGGCCAGGUGAUGAGGAGUUUCUGCUCAGGCGUAAGAGAGGGGGCAGACUUUGUUUGCUGCACGUUGUCUCCACGUGGAGAGUGGAUUUAUUGCGUGGGAGAAGACUAUGUGCUGUACUGCUUCAGCACCAUCACUGGCAAACUAGAGAGAACCCUCACGGUACAUGAAAAAGACGUGGUUGGGAUAACUCACCACCCCCAUCAGAAUCUCAUCGCCACAUACAGCGAGGAUGGCCUACUCAAACUCUGGAAGCCUUGAGAGUCUGGACACAUUUUUUUAGUUUUAUGUUCAGGAAAUGUGGUAUUCCUGCACACACACACAAACACGUGUCUCUGGCUUAAUACGCCUGCUAUGACAUUGGUCUUCCAUUCAAAGCUCUCAAAAAGAUUUAUGUUCCUGUUGAACAUUAGCAUCAUACCUUGAGAUGACGGACCUCUUCGACAUCUGAAAUUAACUACAUCCAAUUAUGGUUAUACUAACGUUCCUCUGAAGUCUCUAGUGGAAAACAAGAAAUACUGCAUGGAUGUACUGGUCUUUUAUUAUAAUUAAGGGCUUUGUGGUAUUGUCUGUGAUAAUAUCUGCAUGCAAGAUUUAGCCCGAUUGACAUUAGUGUGGUAACUGUACAAGGUUUCUUUCCAGACCAUUCUUUGACAUCUUAUAUGUGAAUGGAUUUUCUUUGAUCAUUUUGGCCAAAGACAAAUAGUGUGUACUUGCUCAUAAUGUGACCUUGCACUAGUCUUGGACUCAAUGAGGACAUUUUCCACCUAUGUGUACUUGUGUACAUUUAGAAUUCUGAUAUGUUUAGAAUUCAUAUGGUACAAUAUUGUGUUGAUUAUAACGGUUUAGUGUGUUUUAACACUCAACCAAGCACAUCUACUUGUACUGCAUGCGGGUGAACAUAUUAUGCAGUUACUGCAAUACUUAUGAAGUAAUCAGUAUGGUUUGUAUUCUGAUAAUUACAGAUUAUUUUUUAAUCGAGGGUAUUCACAGUUUUCGUUGAAUAUUGGUAUAACACUGCUUUACAGUGUAAGUCUCUGAGUAUCUUACUGUGUUGGUAAAUAACGUGCUGUUAUUGCUGCAGUUUAAUUCAAAUUCAAGCAUGAAUAAUUCAUGACAAUCUUUUCAAGACGAUUUGUCAUUAAGAUGCAUCAUUAACUGGUUAGAUGUGUGCUUGAUAUUUGCAGUAGAUCUCCAAUAAAGCUGUAGAGACAUCUUGAUAUACAAAA